AUGAUGGUGGUAAAAUUGAAGAACCAUCUCUUUCUGAGACAAAGAGGAUUCCUGAGGAUCUUGUACAAAUACAAUCUUAUAUACGCUGGGAGAAAGCUGGGAAACCAACUACUCCCCAGAAGAGCAACAUGUAAAUUCCAAAUCUCCUUUGAGCUUCUGAGGGAAUUUGAGGAAGCAAGACAGGAGUUGCAGAGGGAACUAGAAAAAGGUGCCUCUCUUGAUGAGAUACGGAAGAAGAGUACCAAAGGAGAGAUACAAACAAAGGUUACAAAGAAAUUUGAGAGUAAACAGGUUUUUAGAACCGACAGAAUACAGCGCAAGAAGAGGGACUUUAUGCAGAUUAUCAAUAAACAUGCUGCUAAAAUUGUAGAUGAAGCUAAAAUUGUAGAUAAAGAACAUUCAGUCAAACCCAAAACCUUGACAGCAGUUGAGCUUUUCGCCAAGGCAAAGGAAGAACAAGAUGGUGGUUCUGUUCUGAGGAAAUAUACUUUCGGGCUCAAUGAUAAGGACCUCCUGGUUGUUAGGGACUUGGUGAAAACCCUGGUUGGAGCUUAUCCUGGACGGGCUCUAAGUUUUAUUAGCAAAAAGAAUGAUCUGGACUCUCCUCAGGUGUUGGGUUACCCUAGCAAACCCGUUGGCCUCUUUAUAAGACGAUCCAUAAUCUUUCGAUCUGAUUCCAAUGGUGAAGAUCUUGAAGGUUAUGCAGGUGCAGGCCUUUAUGACAGUGUUCCUAUGGAUGAGGAAGAGAAAGUUGUGCUUGACUAUUCAUCUGACCCACUGAUGGUUGACGGAAACUUUCGCAAGUCAAUCCUCUCUAGCAUUGCUCGUGCCGGAAGCGCAAUUGAGGAGCUGUAUGGGUCUCCACAAGACAUUGAAGGUGUGAUCAGGGAUGGGAAACUCUAUGUUGUCCAGACAAGACCCCAAAUGUGA